ACUUUCUGACUUUCCCUUCUGUCAGUUUUUCAUCAACAGGUUUGCCUCUGACCAGAACAUCAAUGGAUGUUAGUGUAAAGAGAUGGAGCAUGAUACGCCCUGCUCAAGAUACUCCUAAAGAAAGGCAAUGGAUUUCAAAUCUGGACGUGGUGAUGACAACAUACCAUCUCCCUUUGCUGUUUUUCUACAAACCAAAUGGCUCCUCUGAUUUCUUUAAGCCUCAAGUGCUACAGGAGGCUUUAAGCAAGACUCUUGUGCAAUUCUAUCCUAUGGCUGGGAGGUUGGGGCGUGAUGAAAAUGGUAGGCUCGAGAUAUUAUGCAACGCAGAGGGUGUUCUGUGGAUAGAAGCUGAAACUACAUAGGCCAUGGAUGAUCUCGACGGCUUUACUCCCUGCUCAAAACUGAGGAAACUGGUUCCCACGGCUGAUUACUCUGGAGAUAUCAGUUCUUAUCCGCUUAUUAUGGCUCAGUUUUUCAUCAACAGGUUUGCCUCUUACCAGAACAUCAAUGGAUGUUAGUGUAAAGAGAUGGAGCAUGAUACGCCCUGCUCAAGAUACUCCUAAAGAAAGGCAAUGGAUUUCAAAUCUGGACGUGGUGAUGACAACAUACCAUCUCCCUUUGCUGUUCUUCUACAAACCAAAUGGCUCCUCUGACUUCUUCAAGCCUCAAGUCCUACAGGAGGCUUUAAGCAAGACUCUUGUGCAAUUCUAUCCUAUGGCUGGGAGGUUGGGACGAGAUGAAAAUGGUAGGCUCGAGAUAGUAUGCAACGCAGAGGGUGUUCUGUGGAUAGAAGCUGAAACUACAUCGGCCAUGGAUGAUCUCGACGGUUUUACUCCCUGCUCAAAACUGAGGAAACUGGUUCCCACGGCUGAUUACUCUGGAGAUAUCAGUUCUUAUCCGCUUAUUAUGGCUCAGGUAACUACUCUUAAAUGCGGUGGAGUUUGUCUUGGAAUAGCAACUCAUCAUACUUUGACUGAUGGCACAACGGCCUUACAUUUCAUUAAUAGUUGGUCUGAAAUGGCAAGAGGCUUGCCCGAGAUUAGCAUGCCACCACUUAUUGACCGAACCCUUCUCCGAGCAAGAGUGCCACCAAUCCCUAGAUUUCAUCAUCUCGAAUAUGACCGACCUCCUUCCUUAUACACCUCUACAUCACUUGGCCCUAAUAACCAUAAACCCUUAACUGUAUCUGUUUUCAAGAUCACACAAAAUCAACUUAAUACCCUAAAAGCCAAGUCAUGGGAACAUGGAAACAAAACCAAUUGCAGCACCUUCACCAUUCUAGCUGCAUACAUAUGGCGCUGUGCAACUAAAGCUUGGGGCCUCUCAUAUGAUCAACCAACCAAGUUACACAUGCCAACUAAUGGACGCCCCAGACUACAUCCUCCCCUCCCAUCAACGUACUUGGGCAACGCAAUGUUUGCAGCUUCAUUAAUUGCUCUAUCUGGAAAUCUCCAAUCAAAACCAUUUGUAAAUACCCUAGAACGAGUUCAUGGAACAUUGCAAAGGAUGAAUAAUGAGUAUCUAAGAUCAGCUCUUGACUACCUAGAAACACUGCCAGAUAUAACAGUUGCCAGGAGAACACCGGACACUUACCAUUGCCCAAACCUAAGUAUCAACAAAUGGACACGACUGUCUUUAUAUGAUGCAGAUUUUGGAUGGGGUCGACCAAUAUACAUGGGUCCAGCAAACGUUGUCCAUGAAGGAAAAAUAUAUAUACUACCAAGUCCAACCGAUGAUGGGAGCUUGUCAUUGGUAGCAUGCCUACAGACUGCUCAUAUGAAACUCUUCGAGAAACAUCUAUACGAAGGCUUGAAGUCAUUUGACAAGAUCAAAGCUCAAUAUUAGUUGUUUGUUCUCUCUAUCAAUAUAUGUAUAAACCUAUAAAUCUUCUACUUAUGUUUCUUUAACUAAGACUUUUUGUUUGGAUCCUGUUUAUUUGAAAUUUACCAUCUAAGCUGGCCUGGCAAACAGGUCUUUUAUUGGUAA